AGAACAUGGUCAAGGAACAAUUGAAGAAUUACGAAAUCGAGACUUCAGGAAGGAAUUGGAGGAAAGAGAGCGACCAGACAAAGAUAAAGUAUCAGGCCGUCGUGCAAUUGAACCUUCCAGGGAAUCAACUACAUCCAGUACAAAAAGACAAAAGUUAGAUCAAGUUCCUGCUGCCAGCUUAGAUGCAGAUGAUCCACUUGAUGAUGACGAAUCAGAUUCUGAUAGUGAUGAGGAUGAUACUGCUGCACUUUUGGCUGAACUUCAGAGGAUUAAGAAAGAACGAGCAGCAGAACAAGCUAAGAAAGAAAUGGAGAAACGUCAGGAAGAGGAAAGAAUACGCAUGGAAAAUAUCCUUUCAGGAAAUCCUUUGUUGAAUUAUUCUUCGCAAAGCGGAAGAGUGGAUAUGAAAGUAAGAAGAAGAUGGGAUGAUGACGUUGUCUUUAAAAAUUGUGCACGUUCCGAACCAAAGAAAACACAUGAUGUUUUUAUUAACGAUUCUCUACGAAGCGAAUUCCAUCGUAAAUUUAUGGAGAAGUAUGUUAAGUAA